AUGGAUUAUGGAUUAGUUCACUUCAAAUCGCAUUCAGAAGCGGGUUUAUUCUUUCAUGCAAUGCAUGAUAAAAGAUUUACUGGGCCAUUAAUUAAUAUAUUUAAGUUUAGUGCCGCAAAAAAAUUCAGAAGUAACGAGUUUGUCCAGUAUAGCACUGAAGGUCAAGAGAGAGAAAUAAGAGUUAGUCAGGUAUUUACUAUUACUCGGGUUGAUACUUCUCAGGUUGAUACUGCUCGGGUUGGUACUACUCAGCUGGCAGCUGUCACAGAUGACAACGAAAAUAACGAAAUUAUGAAAUCGACUUGGACGCCCACAACAGACUUUUACGUGACAAAGAAUAGUUUUAUCAUAAGUGUGGAGUUACCGAGGGCUCAAUUUUCAGGCGGUUCAAUACAAAAUUAA